GCAGUGCAGAUGCACCCAGAGAUACCGUGCCUUUUAUGGGCCCAUCCUAGCGGUUCAAAGUGCAGAAAGAAGAAAGGGUGCAGCGAUAAAGAUCCGCCCGGCUUUGGCAAAUCGGAGAAGUUGGUUCUCUUCUCGCUUGUCCCAGAAGGCGACUUCCACCCCUCGCUGCCACUUUUGGGCUCUUGGCCAUGAAUUGGAAAUAUAUUGUUGGCUUCACCCUUGCUGCCGCUGGGAUACUGACCAUUGGGAUCUUACUGGGACAUUUUGCCAUCCCAAAAGAAUCCCAAACUUCUGGCUCGGACCAUGCCGUUUCCAAAGAUCUGGAUCCAGCCCUGCUUGAAGACUUCAUGAACCAGGUGGACGCCGCCAGGAUCCGAGAGAACCUCAAGGUCCUCUCUGAGAAGCCCCACAUGGCAACAACAAAGGGGGACGAGGAUCUGGUUCAGCUGCUGCUGACUCGCUGGAAGGACCCUCAAUCUGGCCUGGACAAUGCUACGGAGGUCCAGUAUGAUGUGUUUCUCUCAUUUCCAGACCCGGAGAAGCCAAACAGCGUGGCUGUAGUUUUGGAGAAUGGCACCACAACGUUUGUCUCCCGAGAAACAGAAGAGGAUCUGUCUACGGGCCAAGCGGACCAAGAUGUCGUGAAGCCUUAUGCCGCUUACGCCCCUCCUGGGAACCCCAAGGGGAAACUAGUCUAUGCCAACCAAGGCAAGACAAGUGACUAUGAGUUCCUGGUCCAACAGCGGAUCGAUCUGAAUGGCACCAUAGCCAUCACCCGCUAUGGAGGGGCUGGACGAGCCGACAAAGCUAUUAAUGGAGCCAAAUACGGUGUCGUCGGCGUAGUGGUUUAUACAGAUCCAGCGGAUAUCAAUGACAACAAGGCUUCGGCGGAAGAGACGUACCCCAAUUCGUGGUACCUGCCCCCUUCGGGAGUGGAAAGGGGCUCCUACACCACCUAUUUUGGGGACCCCUUGACCCCCUAUUUCCCAGCCAAAGGUUUCACCUACAGGAUCCCAGAAGACCAGAUCACAGGGAUCCCACCAAUCCCUGUCCAACCCAUUGGCUUUGAGGACGCAGAGAGACUCAUUUGUAACCUGGCUGGCCUGAGAGCGCCUGAUAACUGGCAAGGAGCGUUGGGUUGUAGUUACUCUCUUGGACCCGGUUUCCGUCAAGAAGGGGCAUUCCCCAACACAAGCGAUGUCCAGGUGAAUGUUUAUAACCAGGGAAGGAUCAAAGCAUCUUCAAAUGUAAUGGGGCUGAUCCGGGGAAGCGUUGAGCCAGACCGUUAUGUCCUCUAUGGAAACCACAGGGACAGCUGGGUCCAUGGCGCUAUCGAUCCCAGCAGCGGGACAGCGGUAAUGUUGGAGGUCACUCGGGUCUUGGGAACAAUGGUCAAGGAAGGAAAAUGGCGCCCACGACGCUCCAUUAUUUUCGGCAGCUGGGGGGCUGAGGAGUUCGGUCUCAUUGGUUCUACAGAGUACACAGAGGAAUUCUUCAGCAAAUUGCAACAGCGCAGCGUGGCCUACAUCAACGUGGAUAUUGCCGUCUUUGCCAACGCAACCUUCAGGGCUCAAGGAACCCCACCAGCCCAAAAGGUCAUCUUCCAGGCAGCUCAGCAGGUGAAGACCCCAGCCAAUCCAUCCAUCUCGGUCUACGAAAACUGGAAACAGCAUUUCAACCGGAGCAGUUCUGUCUACGGCGUCAUUCCCAGUUUAGGGUCUCUGGGCGCUGGGAGUGACUAUGCCCCCUUUGUGCAUUACUUGGGCAUCACAUCCAUGGAUAUAGCCUACACCUACGACUGGAGCAAGACUUCUGCCCGCAUCUAUCCUGUGUAUCACACAGCCUUUGAUACCUUUGACUACGCCGACCGGUUUAUCGACCCAGGAUUCACCAGCCACCAAACGGUGGCACGGACCGCCGGCAACGUCCUUCUGCGCCUGGCUGACUCCUUGUUCCUCCCGCUCAACGUCAGUGACUACGGAGAGACCCUGCAGCAGAUGCUUGUGGCGGCCGAACAAGGCUUCCAGGCUGAGUUGGCGAAGAACAACGUCUCUCUGGCUCCACUCAAAGAAGCCAUCUCCCGCUUCCAGUCUGCAGCUGCCGGUCUGAACCAACGCAUCUCCGACCUGCAAAAAGAGGAUUCUCCCAGCCCCCUCCACAUCCGGAUGGUGAAUGACCAACUGAUGCUGCUGGAAAGAGCCUUCCUGAACCCCAGAGCUUUCCCAGAGAAGUAUUAUUACAGCCACAUCCUCCUGGCCCCCAGGUCUUCCGGCGUGGCCACCUUCCCCGGACUGGCUGAUGCCGCCUCCAGCGCCGACUGGGAUGGAGCGCACAAGCACAUGGCCAUUGCCAGCCACGCCAUCGAGAACGCCGCCGCUCUCCUCGAAGCCGUGGCCGAAUGA